UUUUUAAGAGUGUGAGAUUCCAGUGGUAAUCCUAGGCGGUUCGUGUCAUAAGGGUGCGUUUCUGGUACUGUUUGCGGUUAAUCACCGUUUUCCACCUCCACCCCGUUCCCUUUCUUUCUUUCUGUUGUUUCCAGUGUAUGAUCUGUCUCCAGGGUCCAUGUUGCUGUGUUGGUUGUCAAACUCGUGGAGUCUGAACGGCGGAAGUCUCGACUUUCAGUUCAAAAUGGCCUCGUCGGUCGCGACCACAGCGAGAUAAAGCAGCUAGCAGGUCUCCUAAGAACGAGAAAGAAAACUACCUUUGUCGUCUGUUCGGCCGAGCUACUUUGGUAAAAGCCUGGGGAUUGGGACCGACAGCUUAAGCAGAGUAUCUUAUCCAAGGACAUGGCAAGUGCAAGAGACUGAUCUACUGCCUCUUAGGCUUCAGCCAUCAUGUUCCUGUCUCUGACCUGAUGCCUUCCUUUUCUGCUUCAUCUGCCAUGGAUGGGCAGAACUAUCCACAUCCGGAGGGACCACAGCUGGAUACUGGAAUUUUUGGCCUGGCCCCGUCCACUAUGGAGAGCUCAGUGUAUUCCUGCACACCCUGGAGUUUCUCACAGCAACCUUACAACCUGUUCUGGCCUAUGCAGUCUGGCAGCCAGCAGCUCCACUCCAACGGCACUUCAGAGAUGCACAUGGAUGUUUUCAGCAGUUGCUCUUUACCUGAUCUCGACUUCUUGAACAGUGCAGACUUCUCUCAGGACCUCUCCUGUAUCGAUGAUCCGUCCAACACCUCACUCUUCUCCUCUCCUGCCGAUUCCCUAUCUGAAUAUGCAGACAGCCUGCCAACUGUUCCAACCAUAUGGGACAUCAGUACACCAACACAGAACCAGGAGCUGAAUUCCAACCGCUUUCAGGGUUUGAGGAGUUUAGAAGACAUCAAUGCUAUAAUCAGCACUGCGCCUCUGGGAGGCAUUCAGAGACUCCACGCACAGCCGGAGGAAGAGGAAGAGGUGGAGGAAGAGGAGACAGAGGAGCUGGGCCACGCAGACACCUACGCUGAAUACAAACCCUCUAAGUCCACAAUAGGACGUUCACACCCUGACCUGGUGGUGGAGACCAACACUCUGUCUAGUGUCCCUCCUCCUGACAUCACCUACACUCUCUCCAUCCCUGUGCAAAUCAUCAACGGUGGCCUGCUCUCUGCUCUGCAGCUGGAGGCCAUCAUCUACGCCUGUCAACAACACGAGGUGAUCCUGCAGAACAAUCAGAGAGCAGGUUUCCUCAUAGGAGACGGAGCAGGAGUGGGCAAAGGCCGCACCGUGGCCGGCAUCAUCCUGGAGAACUACCUAAAGGGAAGGAAGAAAGCACUGUGGUUCAGUGUCUCCAAUGACCUCAAAUAUGAUGCGGAAAGAGAUCUUCAGGACAUCGGUGCUCCCAAUAUUCUAGUGCAUGCCUUGAAUAAAAUAAAAUAUGGAGAUACAGCUACCUCAGAAGGGGUCCUAUUUGCAACCUACUCCGCCCUUAUUGGAGAAAGCCAAGCAGGGGGCCAGCUCCGCACCCGACUCAAGCAGAUCUUGGAUUGGUGUGGGUCCGACUUCGAUGGAGUCAUCAUAUUUGAUGAAUGUCACAAAGCCAAGAAUGCCACGUCCACCAAGAUGGGCAAGGCCGUGUUGGACCUGCAGAACAAGCUGCCUCUGGCCAGGGUGGUGUACGCCAGCGCUACAGGCGCUUCCGAGCCAAAGAACAUGAUCUACAUGAGCCGUCUGGGCAUCUGGGGAGAAGGAACACCCUUUAGGGCAUUCGAAGACUUCCUCCAUGCUAUCGAAAAGAGAGGUGUGGGCGCCAUGGAGAUUGUUGCCAUGGAUAUGAAGGUCAGUGGGAUGUACAUUGCACGCCAGCUGAGCUUCUCAGGGGUCUCCUUUCGCAUCGAAGAGAUCGGCUUGGAUGAUGACUUUAAAGUUGUCUACAACAAAGCUGCCAAAUUGUGGGCCGAGGCCUUGGCGGUAUUCACUCAGGCUGCCGAUUUGCUGGGUAUGAUGUCCAGGAAGUCUCUGUGGGGUCAGUUCUGGUCAUCCCACCAGCGCUUUUUCAAAUACCUCUGCAUUGCUGCCAAGGUGCGCCGUUUAGUGGAGCUGGCCAAGAAGGAACUGGAGGCUGGCAAGUGUGUCGUAAUCGGACUGCAGUCUACAGGCGAAGCUCGAACUCGUGAGGUUCUUGACGAGAACGAUGGCCACCUGGACAAAUUUGUGUCUGCCGCAGAAGGUGUGUUCCAGUCCCUGGUCCAGAAGCACUUUCCUUUGGAGAAAGACCGACGGGAGAAAGGAGCAGGAAGCAAGAGGAAACGGAAGCCCCGUGGCAGGCACCCGAAGUAUCCAAAGCAGGCUGCAGAUGGAAGAGCGGUCAUUAACAUCAGCGAUGACAGCAGUACAGAGUCUGAUCCAGUGGACAGCGACUCCAACUCCUCUCCCGAUUCGGUCCAGGACAACAGCGAUGAUGUCAUCUUCGUUACUCACACCAACUGUCAUGCUGCUCGACUGGAGGAAAUGAAGCAAGAUCUUCUGAACAAAAUCUCUGAGCUCGGAAAAGAACUACCUCUAAACACACUGGAUGAGCUCAUAGAUAAAUUCGGAGGUCCAGAGAAAGUAUCUGAGAUGACAGGGCGUAAAGGACGCGUUGUCCGGCGGCCAGAUGGGAGUGUGCGCUAUGAAUCUCGCGCUGAGCAGGGUCACACAAUUGACCACAUCAACAUCAAAGAGAAGGAUCGCUUCAUGAAUGAAGAUAAGUUGGUGGCUAUAAUCUCUGAGGCAGCCAGUUCAGGGAUCUCUCUGCAGGCAGACAGACGGGUGAAGAACCAGCGCAGACGUGUCCACAUGACCCUAGAGCUGCCCUGGAGCGCUGACCGCGCCAUCCAGCAGUUCGGUCGCACUCACCGCUCCAACCAGGUCACAGCGCCGGAGUAUAUCUUCCUUAUCUCUGAACUGGCCGGAGAGAGACGCUUCGCUUCUAUUGUGGCUAAGAGGCUGGAGAGCCUGGGAGCUCUGACGCACGGUGACAGACGAGCCACAGAAUCUAGAGACUUGAGCAAGUACAACUUUGAAAAUAAAUACGGUACCAAGGCUCUAGAUAAGAUCACCAAAGCCAUACUUGGACACAUUGAGAGCAAGGUGCCCCCUCCCAAAGACUAUCCUGGUGGUGACGCCAUGUUCUUUACAGAAAUGAAGCAAGGCAUGAUAGAUGUUGGCAUCUUCUGCAAGGAGUCUCGUUUUGGCAUUAGUCCUGAGAAAGAUUGCUCCAUCACAAAGUUCCUCAACCGUAUCUUGGGUCUGGAGGUGCACAAGCAGAACUCGCUCUUCCAGUACUUCACUGACAAUUUUGACUACCUAAUUGAAAAGGACAAGAAGGAUGGCAAAUAUGACAUGGGGAUCUUGGACCUGGCCCCUGGUAAUGAUGAGAUUUAUAAUGAGACUCAGGAGACAUUUUUGACUCCAGGAAACCCUCAGGAAGGCCAAGUUAUUCUCCAUAAGAUCAGUGUGGACAGAGGCAUGCCCUGGGAGGAGGCCCUGAAGAAGGCUGAAACACUCAGUGAGCCAGACGAAGGCUUCUAUCUCUCCCACAAGCUGAGAGGGAGUCACCCCUGUGUGCUGCUUGCUGAGCAAGGCCGAGGCCACAACUUGGUGGUCUACAAGCCCAACGUUGGCAAACAGAAACAGACAGAGAACCUGGAGAUCAUCCAGAAGAAGUACCACAAGGUGACUCCAGAGGAGGCAAAAGACAGCUGGGAGACCCAGUUCAAAUUCUCCUUCAGGAAAUGUAGCCAUGCUAACUGGAAUGGCCGGUGUAAGAAGGUUGAUGAGGGGCAUGAGUGUUUGCAGGGCAUGCGUCUGCGGCAGUACCACGUUCUGUGCGGCGCUCUGCUGUGUGUGUGGAAGCGCGUGGCUGACGUGGUGGCAGACAUCACCAACUCCAGCAUCCUGCAGAUCGUCCGCCUCAAAACCAGAGAACACAAGCAAGUGGGUAUAAAGAUCCCGGAGAACUGUGUGACUCAGGUCCGAGAUGAGUUGGACAGGUUGGACAAGGAGGUGAAGAGAAAGCGGCAGGAGAAAGAGCUUCAGGCUCAGGAGCAGCGUGCGGCCGAGCAGUGCAGGAGUUUGCUGCAGGGCGGUCACAGAGACUACACUGAGUUUUUUUCCCAGCCUCCGCAGCUGCCCAGCCUGUCCAGCCUGGCUACACAUUACACCAAUCCCAUACAGUUCACCUCCCUCCCCACUCUGCCCUCCUUUUCCUCCCUCCCUUCACUGAGGAACGCUAUCGUUGGCCUCCCUGACCUGAGGGAGCACAGCCCUAUGCCCCUUUCCCCGGACAGCACGCAGGCCGGCCUCGGAGCUGUGGAGGACUUUAGUCUGGAGGCUUUCGCGCAGGGACAGCAACAGCAGGACGUUCAGCAGGACAUCAUCGACCUCCUCAACUCAUUGUCAGAAAUAUCACCCUGCAACUCCUCUUCGUCGGACGCUUUGCCCACAGCCACACAACAAGCCUCGAUGAGCCUCUUCUCCAGCUCCACCAUCCCUUCCUCGUCCUCCUCUUCAUCUCUUUUCUCCCCCUCUCUCACACCGUCUUCGUCUUCCUCCUCACUGUCACUGUUUUCCUCUCCCUCACCUUCAGACCAGCCCUCCCUCGCUCUGCCCAGUGCUAACUGCCCCAGCGACACAGGCAUCAACGCCAAAGAGGUGCUGAACAGCAUGCUACGUGGCUCGGACUCUCGCCAGUCCGUCAUUCACUUCAUUUCGCCCUAGUGAGACCAUCCAGCCCACUGGCUUGUAAUACAGCUUAGUAGUGCAGAUCUCUGGGGUUCAUUAGACGAUUUAGUGUAUAGUCUCAUCACUGCCUGCAUGGCCUCAUCCACAUUCUGGACCAGUGGUCACCAGCCCACCUCCCAGACUACCUUCCUGCAAAGUUCACACAUAAAAUAACUAACUUUCAUGAAAAAUCUGGUAAAAUCAUACUAAUUUCUGCAAACAGUUGCCAUGUCUGCUAGGGCUGGUUCGAGUAAUUUGAGUACUUGAGUAUAUGUUCCUUCAGUAUUCAGAACCUUCCUCUUUUUUUAAGCCACAAAAAUAUAGCUUAAACUACACAUUUCAUCAGCAUAUUGCUUUGAUGGUUAAAAUUAUAAGUAUAGCUGGUUUAGCUUAGGCACGUCACCUUACCUCAGAGCACAACCUGCACCGCUUUCUGUGCAUGUACAUUGAAGCUACAGGCAUAAAGGUGAACUUAAUGUUGUUGAGGAAAAACAGCAAACUAGCCAAAUAAAACUUGGUAAAAUAAAUAAAAGCAGAUAAAACACACUAAAACCAAAACUGUGAUGGUGAUAAAUAGCGAUGGUGAUAGCGUAGCGGUUUGGCUUCAUCCUGCACUGCUAGAACAUUGUUGCCACCUACUGGACGUAUUUUGAACUGCAGUAAUGAACAUGUUUGAUAUUGAGGUCCAUUAUGAAAUGACAUUGGGUGACUAUGAGAGGUAUAUAAGUACUAAUGCAUAAAAACCAACAAUAAUUCAAACUCAAAUGCUUCUUGGGCCAGCCCUAAUAUCAGCAUUGCAAAAUACUGCAAGUUAAGGUAAGAUAAAGUUAAAGUAGUGCCCAGAGUCCAGUUCUGCCUCUCUUUGGGGUGUUUCAGGAUACUCAAGAACUUAAUGCUAGUGCAGAAAUAGUUCAAAGGCAAGUAAAUUUGUAAGAUUCUUUUAUCAAUGGCCAAACUUGGAAGCCAGACACCUGGCUUAAAUGGAGCUGAACUGUGCACAAGGGUAGAUCUCCAGGACAAAGGUGGGUGACCACUGCUCAGACAGAGCUCCACCAUGAAAGAGAGAGAAAGAUCCUAAUUUACACCACCAUCCCAAAUAAUAUCUUCCCACGUUCAGCCAAACUAGAUGCUCUGAAAUGUUUGCUUUCAAAGCAAGGUAGAACUUGGUUAGGGCUGAGUAUCAAAUGCCCCGCGCCGUAGUCAAACUACUCAGCAUUUACUGGGUUAUACUGCCCUCUUGUGGUACGUCAGUGGAACGCCAUCUGAUCCUCGGUUGAAACUCAUGCAUAAUGGUGAAACCAAAACUGGAAAGUUAGCCCAACCACACCCUCACCUGUUCUGUAUCUGUUUCACAACUUCCUCUGACAAGCAUCUCCUGCAGUUUCGGAGAGCAAGAUCACAGACUACUGUUCAAACAGUGCCUUUGGAACAUACUAGGGAAUGUAGUCUAAACAAAGACUCUUGUACAGUAUAUAUUUGUAUACAACACGUCGGCAUUUAUUUAUUGUUUUUAUUUAUCUAAACUCAUACUCAGACGAGAGGAUGGAUGGAAUGUUCCUGGAUGAGCUCGUAUCUUCUUUACGCAGCAGAGCAGUCGGUCCUGUUCUAACUCCUAAUGAGUUAAGGCAGUAGUGGUUCAGUAGUGAUUUCUGUGUGAUGAUACUGAAUGUCAGCAGCUUUAGCUUUUAAUCGUCUUAAAAUAAUGUGAUUCUAUGCUCUUGUACUAUUUUAUGCUCUCAGGAAAUGCAAAAAAAACAAAAAAACAAAACAAAACAACGUCACCCCUCCAGUAUGAGGUCUUGUUUAGAGAAUGAUGCGCUGUGUGUGAGUACAUACUGGGUACCGCAGAGAAAUAUUCAAGUACAAGGAACCAUCAGUGAAUCAGAGCAACAAGACGGAACGACUCGACAGAUGUAGACAUUAUCUGUAGGCGGGGUGAUGGGAGAGACCACCAGUCUCAGUCUCACAUUUAUGUUUAUAAGUGAUAUAUCAUAAUUUAUGUUAAAGGGAUAUUAUUUUCCAUACUGUAUAUUCUCCUGAUGUCCAAAGUGCGCGUGAGAACAAACGACAGAAACAGAGCGGGAAAAUGAAAAUGCUGAAAACCAAAUGAAAAAAUAUUUCACCUGAAAAAGUGUAAUUUAGCGCCAUAGUAUUGCACUGUUCCACAUUGCUGCACAGGUUCAUAAGUUCUUGUUUAAUUUAUGCAACAAUACGUUUGUUCUUCCUCGAAGGCCCAAUCAGAAAUCAGUAAAACAGCAGCAGAGGCUGCCCCAAAACUACGGCCUAAUCCCAUUUCUUAUUUUUACACCAACCCCUUGUUUUCGAGGGUCACUUUGUACCUUGGAACUGUGUUAUAAGGGGUAGUAGUCGAAGUCUUCCCCACGAAAUGCGACCCCAAAAAUAAAAAAAGAGCGUUACUGCAUUAACAGACUGCUGGCGCUGCUCUGUAGGCGACCCUGUCAGUCUACAGUGAGAGCAGAGGAGGGUUCAGAAGUUCAGCUCCUCACUGCUGGGCUUUAGAUACAUUUAGGGCAUCAUAUGCCUUCAAAGAGGGGGGAUACGAUAAUUACUAAUAAUUACUUAAUAAUAAUUACGCAAUAGUGCCCACUCCUAAUUCUUAAGUGAUAUGAAGCUGAAGUCAGCUAUUCCCCAGCUUCUCGUUCGUAUUUUCCCAUUCCACCUUAAAUGGAGCAGCAGGUACAUUCUGGCGCUUCAGGCAUCAGGACCGCUGGACUGUUUAAGGUGGAACAGGAAAGUUAGCGAGCUAGCUAGAGAGACAUCAGCAUGCUAUUAGCAAAUUUUAAUGCUUGUUAUGAAGGAAAAGGCCAUAAUACGUUUAAGAUAAAACAAAUUAAGAUAAAACACUGCCAGUUUUAACAGAGAAGAUACUCACAUUUCUUUGGUCAUAGCCAUCUUUGUUUUUUUUUUUGUUUGUUUGUUUUUUAUUCUUAUAUCACUCCAUUUGGAGUGUGUCUCUGAAAAACCUCAGUUUGGAGGCCAUGUAGCCCCAACACUUCGACCUUCUCAACAAAAAUCUAGACACCCUACUGCUAGGUGUGAACAGGCAAAACUGAGGGCUCAGGGCUCAGUGGUAGGGGUGAGGAGUGAAGUGGGAUUGGGCCUAAGUUAGUUUACUGAUGAAACAUGAAAAAGACAUUGUUUUGUAUUUUGUUGGAAGACCCCGUCAUAUUCGUGCCCUGCUGCGCUGAUUCCUGUCUGGGCUUUUCUUUACUGCAGUAGGCUUGUGUUAAUAUUGCAGUGAGUCAGAAAAUUCCGUCACAGAGCAUCUGACCACACAUUUAUCUCAGGAAAAAAAACAUUUUGUGGUGUUUGGUUGAUGUUCUCUUUUUUAUUUUUCCCCCCAAUCAACAAACUAAUACGCACCCCAUAGAAGCCCAUUCCCACCAUUCUGUCCCCAGUCUUGAAUCGGUAUGCCAAAAGUUUGAGUUAGUAUAUCAAAAUAAUGACCUGUUCAUGAGGUUUUGGGAUAAUAAGGCGUUAUUAAGAGAUACUAAGUCAUUUCUUUGACAUAGUAAGUCAUAUGUUGAGAACACAAGUCAGUAUUUUUGAUAUACUGCUGCCGGAAAGAGCCGAAUAAAAGCUUUGUGGGUGAUUUUCACCCUUAUCAGCCGUGAAUGGGCUUCUGUAGCACCCACAGUAUGCAAACUGUAUAUUGAAAGCUGUCGCUUUGCUUUGCAGGCAAAAUGCUUCACGCUCAUGAAUGUCACUUUUUAGCUUAUUAGCAGUGUAUUUACUGUCUACAGACACGGAUCAAAUGUUAUUUAUUGAAUAGAGACGACACUGUUUCUGUUUCUUUUAUUUUUGCUCCAUAUCGUGAGAAAUUUGUAACCUGUAAGCCAAAUGAAAUGCUGACAAAUCAUGAACACAUGUUGUGCAAUGGAUACGUUCGGCUGGGUUUCGGCGCUCACAGAAGACAGUAUUGUCUUUUUUACUACACACCUACAGACCUAGCACUGGCUUAGCCCAUUCGGCCUCAUUAUUGCCUAAACCGAAUGACCUGACAACCGAGCACAAACCAAUAUACUGAAAAACGCUCUUCUCUCUUUCUUUGCCCGUUUGGAUUGUGUUUAUCAGCACAUGAAGAAUAUUAAAGCUCCGACCUGGAUGUUUUUAGGGCUAAAUUGUGUAUAAAGUGAUGUAAGUGAGGCCUGUGCACUGAAAUCUGCUCACGGAUAAGUGAGUUCUUCAUUCCAUCGAUUCAGAACAAAACAGACAAACCAAAAAUGUGCUUACGGCACCUUGCAAUACCCAAAAUUGAAAGUCUGAAAGUAAAGCCUGUUCAGGGACUGAGAAUGAGUAGAGCUCCACUGGCCCUCAGUUCAUUCACAGACAACAGCUAAGCGAUCAGAUUGCACAUUUCCCUCUGGCCGUGGUCAUUAAUGAUUCCUGACCGGGGCUCGAACAUUAGACGGAGCGAGUCUGAUGAUGCUCUCUAAUCGAUCCUCCCUCUACAGUACAGUCGUGAUCUCGGCACUCUAAGGUGAUGUCCGUGACUAACCCAGUGAGCUUCUGUUAGUCGUUUUCGUGUAUGAUUUGCACUAAAAGUGGAAGAGGUGAGUUGCUGUAUGAUGGACAUAUAAUGUAUUUGUGUUCCUGUCCCUUUAAUGAGUGUGUGCCGCAUGCAUUUUGCACCAUUUGUUGCCUUCUCUUUUGCUUUUCACUUUUAAGUAAUUUAUUGCUAACUGAAAAAGGUAAAACAUGCUACUGAAUCUAUAUGUUGAUAUCUUUCUUUUUUUUCUGUGUACCUGGUGCCUGCGUUUAUAUUCUGGGUUUGCUUUGCUCUGUGUAUUUAUAAUUUAGAUUGAGAUGUAUAUAUUGUAAAAAAAACUGAUUGUGCCUUCUGACUAUUUCUUAAAGAAAUUUUCUAUGUGUAACGAAAAGAACCUACCGCAGUGCAAUCUUUGUUAUUAACAAAGCAACAAAUAAAAAUAAAAAUGUUCAAAUGGCUGGAA